AUGGCGGAGAUCCAGACGCGUCUGGCCUACGUGUGCUGCGUGCGUCAGCUGGAGUCGGUGAAGAGCAGCGAGUACUGCGAUUCCCAAGCUGAGAUCGGUGAGAUCACUCCCUCUGAGUCCCUCUCUCCCCACUCCCUCUCUCUCUCUCUCUCUCUCUCUCUGGUUCUGUUCAUCCAGGGCCUGUCUGUGUGUCUGCAGGACGUGGGCUACCAGCACGGUAAGACGGUGUUCAGCGUGUGGGAGCGCAGUGGCGUGGUGGAGACCAUGCUCAAGGACUGGCACCAGGAGGAGUUCCACAAGACCCAGAACAGCAAUGCACACACCUGUCCCAAUGCAUCCUUCACUGAUCUGGCCGAGAUCGUGUCGCGGAUAGAGCCGGCCAGCAAGCAGUCUGCCCUAGAAGCGGAUGAAUCGGAGUACCAAACUGACUAUGAUGAGGACACGAUGCUCUCCGACUUUGACUUUAGCGAACACACCGAGGACGAGACAGCCGACACGGGAGACACGGAUGAAGAUGUGGGGAUUAGACUCCGGCGUCACCAGAUGGCGAACUCCACCUCCUCCUCGCCGUUCUUAGCAUCAUGAGAUGUCGCCACUGUCCCUACACUAAAGACUCCACUCCAUGAUGACGAUGAAUGUGCAAACUCUGCUGUCAUUAGUGAUGCAUAAAGUAGCCUAGUUCCCAGUGCAAUAAUUCAUGUUAAUGAAUUUGUUUUCUUUAAUGUGUAUUUUAUACCUAACUCAAAGGUCUUUUCUAGUGCAACAGUUGUGGAAUAUGUGCCUGGACAGAGGUUGGAUCCAUGUAAUUAGUUCUGGGCAGGCAUAAAGACUUAUCCUGGUCAGAUAAUCAGUCUGCUGACACAGUCAAAAAGUGACUGAAAGUUGGUAACACGCAAAGUUGGUCAAAUGAUUUGAGGUACUACCUCGUUAAUAUUAGAGAGAAAAAUGGGAUCUUGAUAAUGAAAUAUGAUCUGUUUUUCAUGGCACUAUACCUUUUGGAUUCAAUUGAAGUGAAAUUUGAAUAUCUGCUGGUCACAGUAUGUUAGUACAGUCUGAGUAUUUCAUAUGUGAAUUGUAUACAAGUUGGUCUCAAACUUUCAAAUGCACUACAAGUUACCUCUAUAUGCCAAGUUUGGGCAUUUUUAGGUGUUUGGAUAGUUACUUUUGUUUGUUGGUUAAUAGUUUUGACAUUAUAUGCAGUAUAAACUGUACCUAAUAUAAUGACUAAUAUCAAUGCAAUAUGUCAGCAUUUUGGUGCUGAAACUACUGUGAUAUUUGACAGCUGCUGUUUGUAAUGUGUGAAAGCAGGGCAAAGAUUCAAAAAGGGAAAGAUGCCUCUAGUGCUGUUUAUUGUUUUAUGGUGACUUUAAGGUUUGAACAAAUCGUUUUACCUA